CCCUCCGACCAAUGAAUGGGCGAGAACGGCAGGCCCCGCGGAACUACAUUUCCCAAGGUGCACCGGGCGGGGCUGAACGUCUUUUGUCGCCGCCAUCUUCCCUCCCCCCCUUCCGUGACGCGCAGGAGGGCGACGGAGCCCGGGACCAUGGCUCUCUUCCCGGCCUUCGCGGCCGCCAGCCAAGCGGCCGAAGCCUCCGCCGGCGGCGCCCCGAGGCGAGAAUUAGACUGGUUGAGCAAUCCAAGUUUCUGUCCUGAAGUUGCACCACUCCUGCACCAGCAUGCUGAAGAGACUGCAGUUCUUCCUAAGGGAUCACCACCCAUAAGGCAUCCUUUGACAUCAGAGUUAUCAGAAGACAGUGAUGCUAACAAAGAGCUCAGGCACAUCAGUAAGAAACAGAAGAAAGAGAAAAAAAAAAGGAAAAAGCAUCGGCACCACAAGAAAACCAGGAAAAAUCAUGGGCAGUCAAGUAGCAGUGAGUUGGAUGCAGACUCUGACUUUGAAAAGGACAAAGCUGCAAGAAACGUCAGGGAUAGUCAAAAGAAAUUGGAGAAACCGAAUCAGGAUAAUGAAGCUGCAGGUGUUGUUGGAAGUCACCUUGUUUGGCUUGAAGAUGUUCAGGCUCUGACUGCAGAAACCUUCAGAAUAGAUAAGAAGCCUGAUCCUGCAAACUGGGAGUACAAGUCUCUUUAUCGAGGGGACAUAGCAAGAUUCAAGAGGAAAGGAGACUCCUGCCUUGGCAUCAAUCCUAAGAAGCAAUGCAUAUCUUGGGAGGGUGCUACUACCAAAAAGAAACAUUCACACAAACAAGUUGAACGUUAUUUUACAAAGAGUAGUGUGCGAUUAUUAAGCACUGAUGGAGUUGCUCUUUGCAGCAAAAACAAAACUCUUCCACCUGAACCAGGCUCAUUCAUUGCAGUUAAAGAAACAGAAGAGGUGCCCUCUCCUGCCACAACAUGUGUGAAUCCUCUGGGAGUUUAUGAUAAAUCAACUACAUUAUGGUUGCAGGGGCGGGGUCCCCAAGAUAAUGAAGCACAGGAGCCAGUCCCACAAAAGGAUGAUGCAAACUCACAUCUAGGAGCAAAAGUGGAAGAAUUUAAUAGGAAGGUCCGAGAGAACCCCUGGGAUAUUACGUUAUGGAUGGAUUUUGUUUCUUUUCAGGAUGAGUUGAUGAAAGGACCCAGCCUGUAUACUACUGGUGAGGGCAAGCAGACCAGCAGGAAAAAUUCACUCAAGUUCAUCCUUGAAAAGAAAUUGGCCAUUUUAGAGCGGGCUAUUGAAAGCAACCCAAAUAACAUAGAUUUGAAACUUGCUAAGUUAAAACUCUGCACAGAACUAUGGGAACCAUCUACUCUGAUCAAAGAAUGGCAGAAACUGAUUUUUUUACAUCCCAAUAACGCAGCCCUAUGGCAGAAGUAUCUCCUAUUCUGCCAAAGCCAAUUCAGCACCUUUUCAGUAUCUAAGAUUCACAAUCUCUAUGGAAAAUGCUUAAGUACUUUAGCAGCAGUUCAGGAUGGCAGCAUUGUAUCUCAUCCUGCAUUGCCUGGCACCGAGGAAGCUAUGUUUGCACUGUUUGUUCAACAUUGCCAUUUUCUUAGACAGACUGGCUACUCGGAGAAAGCAGUUUCUUUGUUUCAAGCUAUGAUUGACUUUACUUUCUUCAAACCUGACAGUGUGAAAGAUUUGUCCACAAGAAGACAGGUGGAAUUCUUUGAACCUUUUUGGGACAGUGGAGAGCCUCGGGUAGGGGAAAAAGGAGCAAGAGGCUGGAGAGCAUGGAUGCAUCAACAAGAGAGGGGAGGCUGGAUCGAGGUCAAGCCUGAUGAGGAUGAAGAUGAUGAUCCAGAAGAAGAUGAUGAAGAAAUAAAGGAUAAAACUCUACCCAAAUGGCAGAUCUGGUUAAAUGUCGAACGUUCUCGUGAACGAAGACACUGGCUACCUUGGCGCCCAGACAAAACCAAAAAGCAGACUGAUGAGGACUGUGAAGACCCAGAGAGGCAGGUAUUAUUUGAUGAUCUUGAGGAGUCUUUGAUCCAACUCUCUAGCCCAGAGCUCAAAUUUCAACUGCUUAUUUCAUUUCUGCAAUUCUUGGGAGUCCCUUCCAAAUAUGAGCUCUCUACUUCGUGCCUCUAUCUUGCAAUGGAUGAAAGCAGCAUUUUUGAAAAUGGACUUUCUGAUGACAAGCCACUGACUUUCCUUGACCUACUGUUUUCUGGAGUUAGUUGCAUAGGCCACAUGGAUAUGAUGAACAGAAGGCAACAACUCACAGGCCACUGUAGAGAAGGAGAGGAGUUCAUUCAGAAUGUCUUCUGUGUAAUAUUGCCUCUGUUCUCAGGAACUGAAAGAUCUCAUCUCUGCUUCUCUUGGUUACAAUAUGAAAUAUCUAAGCUCACAUGGAAUCUCCAAAUUAAAAACAAGAAAAAACUGAAGUUCCAAGGAAAAAAAUGCAAAAAGCUAGCCAAGAAUCUUCUUAAAGAACCUGAGAACAGAAACAAUCUCUCCCUCUGGAAACAGUUUGCCCAUCUAGAAUGGUUACUUGGGAACACAGAAGAUGCUAGAAAAGUUUUUGAUACAGCGAUCAGCAUGAUAGGAACAGAAAAAUUAAAAAAUUCAAGUCUUUGUGACCUGAGCCUGCUUUAUGCCGAACUCGAAGUGGAGCUGUUGGAGAAUCUAGAUGGAGCUGUCACUUCCCGUGCAGUUCACAUCCUAACCCACCUGACUGAAAAUGGACCAUUUAGGCCUUAUUCUGGACAGGUGCUAGCAGUGAACAUCUUGAAAGCCCGCAAGGCCUAUGAACAUGCCCUCCAUAGCUGUUGGAGCACAAGCUUGGUUUCUAACUCAUCCUCUAAUUGUCUGAGACAUCUGAUUAGUUUGGUUGGCUGUUUUGCACUUUUCCAAUAUCUGACUGUAGGGAUUGAUGCCGCUGUGGUGAUAUACAAACAGACUUCCGAAAAACUGAAAGAACUGAUUUCAGAGAAAUUCCCAAGCUCAGGAGAAGGCCCAGGAGUCACUGGUCUCACCCGUGUUCUUGAAACUGUCACACUGAUGCAUACAAACCUACUCAGGUAUCACAUGAAAGUCAGUAUUUACCCCCUGAAUCCUUUGCGAGAGGCACUCACGGAGGCCAUAAAGCUGUAUCCUGGCAACCAUGCUCUUUGGAGGUCAUAUAUACAUAUCCAAAAGAAGUCUCAUCAUGCUAGCAAGACAAGAAGGUUUUUUGAUGACAUCAACAGGUAUACGAAAUCUCUGGAGCCAAUGUUGUUUGCAAUCCAAGCUGAGAAAAUGAGAAAAAAGCUGGUGGAAACUGUUCAAAGGUUAGAUACUGGAGAAAUACAUUCAACCAUUCCCGAAACUGGACUAACAAAUCGAAUCAAAGUCCUAUUUGACAAUGCAACUCAGGAGGAGAGUGGCACACACUGCCCAUUGUUAUGGAGGAUGUACUUGCAUUUUUUGGUAUCUUUAGGAGACAAGAAAGGCACAGGCAUAUUCUACAGGUCACUGCAGAGCUGUCCGUGGGCAAAGGUGCUGUAUAUGGAUGCGGUGGAGUAUUUUCCUGAUCAGCUCCAAGUGAUAAUUGAUCUAAUGACAGAGAAGGAGUUAAGAGUAAGACUACCACUAGAAGAAUUGGAACUGCUACUAGAAGAUUAAAAAGAUGUUACAAGAUGGAAGUGGAAAAUAUCAAUUUCAUGUUUCCAAGGUGAAGUCAUCACAAUCCAAUGGACUGCAUGGUACUGUUUGAGAGACUCUCAUUAGCUUGGAAAAAUUUGUUUUAAUAUAGCACGAGACACAGACAGCAGGGUUUUGCCAGUUAUAGCCAGCUGGUAAAAAAAAAAAAAAGCAAAACAAAAACCCCAAGUGAACUUUCAUGUAAAGAUCUUUAUGAUUUAAAACCAUGUGUAUAUGUACAGGGAGCCUAUAUUGAAAUACUUGCUGGUGGUUAAAAUCAUUUGUGGUUGAACUGUGCUUUUGUUAGGUUCCAUUCUAAUAACUUCUGCUUAGUACGGUUCAGGCUCAGCCACAGAGCAAUGGAUCCUAUUUCUUUAUCCGAAUAGCUCAUGGAUCAAGCCAAAGAUGCUCGUGUCUUGCAGUCUGCACUAGACUAGGAAUUAGUUGAAAUGAUAGGAAACGAUCCAGUUGUUCCCCUCCUUAUUAGGUCUGAGAGCACCUCACCUCCUCAAUGACAUUUGAGUGCUAUGUGCAAAGGACUGUACUAAGUACUUGGGAGAGCACAACACAACAGAGUUGGUAGAUACACUCCCUGCCACAACAAGCUUACUCAGUGAAAGCUGUCCAGGGGCCUGAAUGGGUUUCUGGAGGGAAAAACACUUAUAUUUUUUCAGUUGACAAACUUUCUGGAAAGGUCAAGAAUGCCAACUCCCCUUAGUCCUGCAAAAUCUUUCCCAGCCAAGGUGUCCCAAUUAGGGAAUGCUGAAUUAAGUAUGUCCUGUGAAUGAAGACAUUUAAAGUUUUUAGAGUUACUUCCUAUAGCACUGAAGAAUUUAGGCAGCAUUCUUUUGUUUCUGUCUAAAAGGCUGUGAAAAACAAUGUAAAAGUUUAGAAACUAUUUUUUACUUUUUAAAAUUAAAGCCCUUCCUUGCAGUAAUUUGAAAA